UCGGAGAGAGAGCGAUGACCUUAGUUCUGUCCAUGAAUCCUUUCCUGGACCCAGAGGGAGACCCUCCGCUCGCCACCUACCGGCCCGCGUGGGACUCUGAGCGCUGCGCCGCGGCCCGCCGGUCGAGCGCGCCGCCGCCGCCGUCGUCGUCGCCGCCACCGCGCGCCCCCGUGGAGCCGCUCACGCGCGCCCCCGUGGAGCCGCUCACGCGAGAAGCCCCCUGCAGGCGGGUCCCCGAUCGCGUGUCGGUGUCGAGGAUCGCGUACUUCAAGAGGAAGUUUGUUGAGGAUGACGACGAGCCCCGAUUCAGCUUCAGGACGUACUGCCAAACGGUGGCGCCGGUCCUGGAGGAGCGCGCCCACGUGCUGCGCCUCUCCCUGGAGAAGAUGCGCUUCAUCGAUGACCCCGAGGCCUUCCUCCGGCGCUCCGUCCUGGUCAACAACCUCCUGCGGCGCCUGCGAGCUGAGAUCCUCCUCCAGAGCACCGACUGGUGCUUCCCGCCCAACCCGGCGUUUGCCGGCGGCUCCUGCGUCCCGGCGCCCGGCGCCAACCCCGCCGGCCAGGCUCUCCACGGAGCCUUGCCCGCCCGGAUCUGCCUCGCACCCCAGGCCGGGCCGCCUUUUCGUAAGCGCUUACGAAUGGUCCGCGGGGGGCAGGGGGACCUCCGCCCCGACUGCGCCCAGACCUGCUGCUGCAUCUACGCCGCUGCGGCGGCGGCGGCGGCCGCGGGACACUACCUCCACCUCCCGUUCUCCGUGUACGACGCAGCUCUCUCGGCCUGCCCGACCACGCCGCACUCCUCCCCUUUUUUUCAACUAGCCGGCCAUAGUAAGUUAGGGAUGACGGUGGCCAUAGAAGAGCAUGAAGAUGAGGAGGAUGAUGAUGAAGAAGAGGAGGAGGAGGAGGAGGAAGAGGAAAAUGAAGAGGGAGAAGAGGAGGAGGAGGAGGAGGAGGAAGAGGAUGAUAGAGGGGAAGCUGGGCCUUCCCUAGAUGUUGUUAAGGACAAGUCGAGCAGGAAAAGUAGGACUAGGAGCUCGCUGGGACACACAAGGACAAAGGAGGAAAGCCGCAUGGCGGAAGGGGGGAAGGAGGAAGAGGAGGGGCCGCAGGAGGAAGAGGAGGAGGAGGAGGAGGAGGAAGGGGGGCAGGAAGUGAGACCUCGUCAGUUGGACUCUAAGGCCGCGGGAAAGGAGCUCCACAAGGUGAGCUUCUGGCACCGCAGGCCUCAGAGACAAUGACCGCGAUUUUCAACGAGUCACUUGAGUCUGUUAAAAAAAAGAAAACGUGUAACGAUGGCGACCGCCGUCGUCCGAUGAAGAGCGUUUCUCCUCGUAGCAGACGAAGGUGUGAGCCGCCCGCAAUGUAUCAACGCCAGGUCGGCUUUAUUUGAAACUACCUUCAACCCCAUGCCGCUGAUGUCCUAGUCGAACGAGAAGAAAAGAAAUCACGCCGAUGCCUCCGGGCCGCUGUCGACAUUUUUAUCAAACUGUCUGUAGGCCAAGGUCACGCAAGGUCACGCAGGGUGGUUUCAUAGGUACCACGAGUGACGUCUCUGAGACCCAGCCCCCCCCCGGCCUCAGCGGGGCUUCCUGUUGGCGCGCCGGUCCCGUUUCGGGACCCUAAACUGAGCCUGUGGAGUGAAGGCUCGUGCACUUGGGAAGUGCGUGCGCUUCUGUGCGUGUGCGUGCGUGCGUGCGUGUGUGUGUGUGUGUUUGCAUAUGAUGUAGCAUUUUAAAACUUGAUUUUAAGCAAUUCUUUUUAUGUUGAUCCCGACGCCGUAUCGGGCGACGGCGCAGCGCCUGCGUUCACAUUACUUCAAGAGACAACAAUCGCAAACAUCGGAAAUAUCGAAUCACAAGUUCAAGUGCCUUAGUGUUUUCAUGGCUCCGUGUAGAUUGUGUGUUACUGUAUUUGUUCUCGUUACUUACUACGUAUCUGGCGUUGCGUUUGCCUGAAACGGGACGCGGGCCAUCAGACGGCAAAAUGCGUUCGGUUUGUUUUACUUCAAAAUGCAUGUUUUCCUCGCGCUACCCGUCUUGACCGUGCACGACCUCCCCAGAGGGUUGUCGGAGUGUUUGAGGGGCGGAUGGCGCGCGGGCCCCUUCUCUCAGAAAAAAGGCUCGACGCGGUUUGGCCGGGUCCGUCCGCUGACGAGAAGCAGCUCCAGCUUCUUCUCAUGUGGCGUGAGAGCGAAGUAGACGAGUCGGCGCGGUCGCUGGCCUCCUGUGUGUUAGUGCGUGUCGUUUUGGCGCCUCUGAAGAGAAGAGUCCGCACGCCGACGGCGAACCCCAAAAAACCAAAGUUGCUUCAAGAUGUAAAGAUUAAUGAGUCCGUGUUCUGUUUGUUGUGUGACGCACCGAAAGGGACCAGGAUGCUCUCAUAAGGGGAAUCACUGCUGCCACUUGUCCUCUCUUCUUUGUUUGGGGGCGGGGUUAAAAUAACAGCUGUGCACCCACAAUACUGUUUGGACCACAGUGACACAUCUGCAUCCAGACAAGUCGCGUAUCAGCCUGUAUCGUUUCAUUUCUCUAAGCCCUAAGUGAUUAAAAAAAAUAAUAAACGGUGACUAUCGGUGGUAUUUUUUGAAGAUUAAAAAAAAACAACUGACAAAGCAGUUUUUGUUUCUGAGGAAGGAAAAUGCAAACUGCAAUGCCUGUUAUAAAAAAAACAAAGAGCCACGUCUGCUCUGAUAAUUUCUGUGUGAUGUUUUGUGAAAAGUGUAAAGAUCAGUAAAAGAAAUGUUGAAAAAAA